AUGAUCUACACUCGUUCUAAUGAGCGUGUCAUGUUUAUCUACACCAUCAAUGACGUUGCUCUAAAGCAUCCAGGUGACUGUGUUAUUGACCUUGGCAUUACUUUUGAUCAAUCGCUUACUUUUCGUAAUCAUAUUGAGAAAGUUACUUGUAAGGCCUUGAAGCUUCUAGGAUUUGUGAAAAGAAUUUCGGCUGAAUUUAAACUGUCUAGCUCUCUUAAGACAUUAUAUUGCUCUUUUGUUCGGUCUGUGGUAGAGUAUGGAGUAAUUAUUUGGGAUCCUAGCACACUUGAUGGCAGUAGUCAACUAGAACGAGUCAAAC